CCCCUUUCCUCUUUCUUCCUGUCUUCGGGCUCCGUCCUUCCCUUCGCUUUCGAUCUUUCCUCCCCUUCACAUUCCCUCCUUCCUUCUCUCUCUCUCUCUCUCUCUCUCUCUCUCCCUCUCUCUCUCCCGUCUCCCUUCUACACUGAAAGGAUUUGAGCAGCCGGGCGAAGGUGGAGCUCGGCGGCAGAGGAUUAGAAGUGGAUGAGCUCAGAGACCGGCAGAGAUUUUUUCCCCACCCCGCCGCCGUGUGCCGUCGCCUCGCCUCGCGGACGCGUCUCCUUGGAAAGCAGCCGAAGAAAGAAGAAGAAGAAGAAAAGGAAAAGGAUCGGAGCGCCCCAACCCUUCACCUCCAGCAAGAACCCUGACUCAGAUCCGCCUAAAACCCUCCCUUCCGUUGAACUGGGGGGAGGAAAAGAAAAAAAAAAGGAAGAGAAAGCGAGGCGGCUGAAAAAAAGAAAUCCCCUUCAUUCCGAGCCAACGGACCGGCUGGAGCCAGACAAGCUUCCUCCAAGCCAUGGACCAAGCGAAGGAUCUUCUAGCCUCUCGCCUCUCUCGGGCUUUCAAGAUCCAGCUGGCUUGAAAAGCGUACGUAGAGCGAGAGAUCCAUUGCUUUGCUCCGUGGUUCGAGGGAUCGGGGGAUUCCUGGCGGCUAGGAGGAAUCGACGACCCAGAUCUUCAGUUGGGGUUCUCCUCAGAUGGUGUGGGGAGUGGGAUCCCCAUCUGGUCAGCCUCCAGAUCCCGUCUGAUUUUCCUCUGGAUCUUUGAAGCAUUCCGCGGGAGGCGGUAAGUGGAGGGAAAGAAAGGAUCUUUGGGUCGCCCUCUCCUGGAUGUACAAUACACGUGUUGCUCCCUUUCUGACGUUUCUACGGAUCCAGCUCUCAUUCUCCGGAAGAGAACUAACCCAGCUCCUCAAAGGGUGUGUGGUUUUUUUCAUCUCCUGCAUCGCUUUUGUAUAUCUGGGGACUGUGGGACACAUUAACGUUUACUAAGAAGAUUAUUUUAAGGCUUCUUUUCCAAAUUCUUGGAGGUAUCAGUUCUUGGAAGUCUCUGGAUGUACACAAUUCUUUUUCAGGGAAAAUGACCAAGCAGCAUUAAUCUUUUGGGCUCCUAGAUUCUAAGUGAACUCUGGUUAGAUGUCUUGGCGUUCCACAAUAUAAAAGUUGGAUUGUGGUACCAAAACCUACUUGCUGUUGCCAUUUGUUCCAUCCGUUGUUUUUGUAGGCUUUUGAACAGCUGGAAUUAACGUGAAAUUCUCUCUUGGAUUCCGAUUUCCCUCCUGUUUCCUGCUAUCUCACAUCUCCAGCAAAGAUGUCUUCAACUCCUCCACUGCCAGAAUGGAAACUCCAGUUACUGGAGCGUCGGCGAAAGGAGGAAGAGGAGGCUCGGCAGCGGGAACAGGAGCAGCAAGACCGCAUGGCUAAGAUGCCAGCUUGGAAACGGGAAAUCAUUGAACGACGCCGGGCGAAGCAAGGUUCAAGCACUUCUUUUUCUGAACCAAGCGGACCAGGGGAAACGGAGAGCGGCCCAUCCUCCGUGCCUGCUGCAACCUCGUCCUACCGAGAGGGGGAGCCGGAGAGUUCUGUGCUACAGGAGAAGAUUGGGCCAGUCCACCAAAAUCCUUUCAUUCAGCUAGAGAAGCGCCGCCAUCAUCAUGAGUCUGGCCCUCCAGAAAAUGAACUUGCAAACACCAAAGCUAAGCAAAUAGUGGAUCUGUGUGGGCAGAUUCCAGGCGUCCGGACCCUGAGGGCAGACAAUGUCAUUAUAAUUGAAACAGCCCACGGGGCGCCACCGGCACAGUUGGCUAGUGAUCGCCACUCGGGAGAAGCCAAAUCUGGCAGCAUGGAGUCACUCAAUGAGCUGCUGGCCCGCCGUGGGGGCAGUGUGACUGAGAUCCGUGCAGGGGAGGUCUUCAUCGUCAAGUCGGCUUUGAGCCGCAGCGUGGAGGAUCUCAAUGCUGUGGGCCGAGCUGAGCAUCGGGCAUCGCUGCCAGAGCAGCGCCAAGGACGGGUGAGCAAACUCCUCAGCCGGUUCAGCCAAGAGGACGGUGGAGGGAUGGUGAUGCCUUCGCCCCCGGUGAAAUCUCUCAGCACCGAGAAUUUAACCGAAAGCAGCAGCUUUGGAGGAAAGAAGCCAGUCCAUUCUCCAGCAGACCCCAUCUUGGCCCGGCUGCCCUGUGUUAAUCGCCUCCCCAGUCCUCCCUGUGACCUCCCGGGACUGACACGCCCAGGACCUUGCACGGUGGCAUCUUAUCGAAGCCAAUUUGAAGCUAAAUCAAGCAGUGGGGAAGGCUGGCCAGAUAGUCCCCCAAGGCGCUCACCCACCGGGAAAAGAUGGGGAAGGGAGGCUGUGUCCCCAGAUAGAGGAGCCAGGAUGGAGAGCAGUGAUUUGGAGGCGGCAGUGGAAUGCCACUCGGCUGAGGAUGAUGUCCAGGGCAAAGCAUUGGCUAACCUGCGCCUCCACUCCAGGAACUCCUUCAUGGUUGUGCCACUGAGGGCUUCGGCCUCCCCUCCCCCAGAACCCAAACAGGAAGCCAGCCCUUCUCCUCCUUCAGCCAAGCCCCCAGUCCCCACUUCCUGCUCUUCACCCAGCUGUGAACAACUUCUCCCUGACGCUGUGGAGGAGCUGCCACCGCCCGAGGCUGAGGCCAUGAGACGCAGCGGCAACAGCAAAGUUAAGGAGGAUGUCAAGAUGGGAGGCCUGGGCCGGGUCUCAUCUCCCCAUCCAGCCAUGCAGCGUCGCAGUGGCAACACCAUCACAAUCAAUCCUCGGAAGGCCCCUGUGUCACCUGUCGCAGCUGUGGAGAAUGGCCUCGAGAGCUCCCCGCCAAUGGCCACGAUGCCCAUGAAGAAGCGCUACCCCACAGUGGAAGAGAUCCAGGUGAUUGGAGGCUACCUCUCCCUGCAGAGAUCGUGUCUUGCAAAGAACGACCGGCAUCGGAAAAAGCUUAAGAUUUCAUUCAGUGAGAAUCAGCUGGAAAGAACAUUCCAAUACCCAUCAGAGAGUUCUCUACUGGAGGAGUUUGGGCCCCCAGAAGAGUCAGAGUCUUUGAUUAGCACAAACCCACUUGGUGAUGAGGAAGAAGAAGAAGAGGAGUUGCUGUUGCUUCAUCGUGGCCUCCCUGGCCUGCUCAGGAGCAAACCACUUAUUGUAGGUGAGUAUCUGGCCAUACCUUGGAAAUGCUUGGAUUAGAAUGGAUCACAAAUC